GCUGCAUGCCAUGGUGGAGUGACGAUGAAGCCCCAUGGACUUGAGACAUGAGGGGAUAAGAGUGGGUCCUCUUGUGUUCAUCUUGCUGGCGCUUUCACGUUUACAGGUAGUAAGUGCGUUUUUCACGGGAAGUCAAGCGGGAGCUCAUAAAAAAAAAAAAAAAAAAAAACCCACUGCCCACCUGCUUGCUGGAAGAUGAGACGCUGAUCACCGCAACAGCCGCAGGGUUGGAAGAUUCCUGUCAUUAGUGAGAAGUCUGCUACAAAGUUUUCUUACAAACUUUUGCCUCGCUUCUGUCAUGGAUCUUAAAGACUAUUACCUGCUGGGUGCUCUGCUUGCUUGCAUAUGGUUAGAUCCUUCAAUAGCCCAAGAACUCAUCUACCCCAUCAGGGAGGAGCUGCAAGAAAAUGUCCUCAUUGGAAAUAUACCGAGGGACCUUAACAUUUCCCAUACAAAUGCUGCCACUGGAGCAAGUGCUAAUCUUGUAUACCGGCUGGUCUCCAAAGCAGGAGAUAACCCUCUGGUCCGCGUUCUGAGCAGCACCGGUGAGAUAUUCACAACAUCAAACCGAAUAGAUAGGGAGAAGUUAUGCCCUGGUCCCUCCUUUGAGGACACCGAGUGCUCCUUUGAAAUUGAAGUGGUCAUCCUGCCUAAUGAUUAUUUCAGGCUGAUUAAAAUCAAAAUAAUCGUCAGAGACACAAAUGAUAAUGCUCCCAUGUUCCCAUCCCCAGUGAUAAACAUCUCCAUACCAGAGAACACGCUCAUUAACAGUCGCUUUGCUAUUCCUUCGGCCACUGACCCAGACACUGGUCCAAACAGCGUCCACAAAUAUGAGCUGAUCAAUGGGCAAAGUGCCUUUGGCUUAGACAUAGUGGAAACGCCUGAGGGGGAGAAGUGGCCCCAGCUCAUUGUGCAGCAGAAUCUGGACAGAGAGCAGAAGGAUACAUAUGUGAUGAAGAUUAAAGUGGAGGACGGUGGCAGCCCACAGAAAUCCAGCACUGCCAUUCUCCAAGUGACCGUAACAGAUGUCAACGAUAACAGACCUGUCUUUAAAGAAAGUCAGGUAGAGGUGCAUAUUCCGGAGAAUUCCCCUAUUGGCACAUCUGUUGUGCAGCUUCAGGCCACAGAUGCAGAUGUAGGGGCAAAUGCAGAGAUUCGAUAUGUAUUUGGCACUCAGGUGUCACCAGUUACAAAGAGGCUCUUUGCACUGAAUACGGCAUCUGGCCUAAUCACUGUGCAGAGGCCUCUGGACAGGGAAGAGACUGCAAUACAUAAGCUCUCUGUUGUGGCUAGUGAUGGCAGCCCAAGCCCUGCCAGAGCUAUCAUCUCAAUAAAUGUGACUGAUGUGAAUGACAAUCCCCCAAAUAUAGACUUGAGAUAUAUCAUCAGUCCCAUUAAUGGCACUGUUUUCCUCUCUGAGAAGGAUCCCAUCAAUACCAAGAUAGCCCUCAUUACAGUGUCAGACAAAGACACUGACAUAAACGGCAAGGUCAUUUGCUUCAUCGAGAAGGAUGUGCCCUUCCAUCUCAAAGCUGUGUAUGACAACCAGUAUCUGUUGGAGACAUCCGCACUGCUUGACUAUGAAGGGACCAAGGAAUAUAACUUCAAAAUUGUGGCUUCUGAUUCUGGAAAACCGAGCUUAAAUCAGACUGCUUUAGUGAGAGUGAGGCUGGAGGACGAGAAUGACAACGCACCUAUUUUCACUCAACCCGUCAUUGAGCUGGCUGUCAUGGAGAACAACAAGCGGGACCUGUUCCUAACCACUCUUAGUGCCACGGAUGAGGACAGCGGAAAAAAUGCAGAGAUCGUUUAUCAGCUCGGACCAAAUGCAUCAUUCUUUGACCUUGAUCGCAAAACAGGGGUUCUGACUGCAUCCAGAGUUUUCGACCGUGAGGAUCAAGACAAGUUCCUGUUCACGAUAACGGCAAGAGAUAAUGGCACCCCGCCCCUGCAGACACAAGCAGCUGUCAUUGUAACUGUGUUGGAUGAAAAUGACAACAACCCAAAGUUUACACAUAACCACUUUCAGUUUUUUGUAUCUGAGAAUCUUCCUAAAUAUAGCACAGUCGGGGUGAUAACCGUGACAGAUUCUGAUGCUGGAGAAAAUGCUGCCGUUUCUCUUUCCAUUCUGAACGACAAUGAAAACUUCAUAUUGGAUCCUUUCUCUGGUGUUAUAAAGUCCAAUGUGUCAUUUGAUCGAGAGCAACAGAGUUCGUACACUUUUGAUGUAAGGGCUGUGGACAGUGGCAGGCCUCCUUGCUCCUCAGCUGCCAAGGUGACCAUCAAUGUCAUUGAUGUGAACGACAACACCCCCGUUGUCAUCUCACCCCCGUCGAACACAUCUUUUAAGCUCGUCCCUCUGUCCUCCAUCCCUGGAUCUGUGGUUGCAGAAGUAUUUGCAGUAGAUGGUGAUACAGGGAUGAAUGCUGAACUGAAAUACACUAUUGUGCAUGGCAACAACAAGGGUCUGUUCAGGAUUGACCCAGUCACUGGGAACAUCACCCUGGAGGAAAAGCCAGCAGUGAGCGACAUAGGAUUACACAGAUUAGUGGUCAACAUCAGUGAUUUAGGAUAUCCAAAGUCCCUCCAUACUCUGGUGCUGGUAUUCCUUUAUGUCAAUGAUACUGUGGGCAACUACACUCUUAUCAAUGAUCUCAUCCGGCGUAGGAUGGAAACCCCGAUCGAGCGCAACAUCAGCGAAAGCAGUGAAAUUUAUCAAAGUGGGGACUAUUUAACAAUAAUGAUAGCCUUUGUGACUGGUGCCUUAGUUGUGAUUAUUGUCAUCUUUGUGACUGUCCUGCUGCGCUGCCGGCACACUUCCAGGUUCAAAGCUGCACAGAGGAAAAAACAGGGGACAGAGUGGAUGUCACCAAACACAGAGAACAAGCAAAAUAAGAAGAAAAGGCGCAAGAAAAGGAAAUCUCCAAAGAGCUCCUUGCUCAACUUUGUUACCAUUGAGGGAAACAAACCUGAUGACCCCGCCCAUGAGCCAAUCAACGGAACCAUCAGUCUGCCCACCGAACUGGAAGAGCAAGGGAUUGGACGUUUUGAUUGGAAUGCCACACCUACGACCACCUUCAAACCAAGCAGCCCUGACCUGGCCCGACACUACAAAUCUGCCUCCCCGCAAUCAGCGUUCCACCUCAAGGCUGACACGCCGGUCUCAGUGAAGAAGCAUCAUGUGAUUCAGGAGCUGCCACUGGAUAACACGUUUGUUGGGGGCUGUGACACCCUUUCCAAGCGGUCCUCGACAAGCUCCGACCACUUCAGUGCCUCAGAGUGCAGCUCCCAAGGAGGGUUCAAGACGAAGGCGCCCAUGCACACCAGACAGCAGGGAACAUUAACUCGCGCCCGAACUGAACUGAACCCUGAAUAUCUGGACCUUCGUCCCCGAGCUGAGCUCAACCCUGAAUAUUGGACCCCUUGCACACCCUUAUCGCAGCGACGCGUCACGUUUCACCUGCCGGACGGCUCCCAGGAGAGCUGCAGUGACAGCGGUCUGGGUGACCAUGAGCCUGUAGGCAGUGGCUCCCUCCUCACACAACCUCUCCCUCUGGUGCAGGCGCAAGACGACUUCUACGAGCAGGCCUCUCCCGACAAGAGAACCGAAGCAGAUGGCAACUCCGAUCCCAAUUCUGAUGGCGCCCUCGGACCGCGUGGCCUCAUGGAGGCCUCAGAGAUGUGCACACAGGAAUGCCUGGUCCUGGGACAUUCAGACAACUGCUGGAUGCCCCCAACUUUGGCAUCCUACCAGCACAAAUCCCCCGUGUCCAGUUUUGGAUCACAGAGGGAGUGGGGUCCCAAGGAUAAACUUCUCAAUGGACAUACCUUGACUAGAACCUGGAAAAAGGAGAACGGGCAGUCAGAGCUUUUUGGUGACAGGAAGCAAUUUGGGAGUGAAGAGGGACACUUCACAAGCAGCGGCAUGGCUGAUAUUCCUUUGGUAAGUUUGAAGUCCUGCAAGUCGGCUUCCUGCCCAGACAGCCCCAAGGACCAGCAGCUUUAAAAUGGACUGUAGUCAUGUGUUGUGACAACAAAAACCGACAAAACAACUUACCUGAGCUAUUCUUGUUUUUGUUAAUUUCAUUUCAUCAUCUCUUGCCACUCCCACUGAGGCUUCUGCAUUGUGGUAACCACAUGUACUAUAUAAGGCAUAAAACUAGAGUGCUUAAUGCAGUUUUCCCUCCAAUUCAAAAAAACUGAGGAUCUCUCUCUCUCUCUCCCCACCCCCCCCCCCCCCCCCCACCCCCCUCUCUUUGCCGAAGAAGGGCAUCUAAUGGGGAGGACAUGACAUUCAUUAAAAAAAAUAAUAAUAAUAUCAUAGCAGACUGAUAUAAACAAAUGUAUGUGACGUGGUUGCUAUUGAGGUGUUCGCAAGUAUAUUAUUCCACACAAUCAAUAAAAAUGGAAUUACAUUUUAGAAGGCAAUGUUGAUCAACUCUCUAUGUGGACACUUGUUAAUUCAUUAUUUCAUGUCAUUGUGCGUUUGUAAAUAAGAAUUAUUAACCACUCUCAUGUAUCUGUAAUAACUACAGUGAUUUGGAGAGGUCACUGCUGUAAUCACUUCUGUCGUCAUCAGGAUUUAGAUUUUUUUGCUGGAUAAUGAUCUCGCAACAUGUCUUCUGCCCCCACCACCACUUUUUUUUUUUUUUUUUUUUAUUUCCCACAAGUUUGCUUUGGAAACAAUGUUAUUUCCAUGGUAUGCUUACUGUUCCCCAUAUACCACCUAUUACAAAAAUAUAAAGUCACAGAUAAUCUUUUUUUUUUUUUAAAACAAAAUGUAUGGAGUACUGUAUGUCAGUGGUCGAUAAGUGUAUUAUAAAAGCAAAACACUAUGAAACCUCUCUAUAAACUGAUUUUGAAAAUGUUCAGUACAAUUGGAUGGCAAUAUAUUUGUAAAUGACUAAAUGUUUCUAAUGUUGAUCUUAUUGCUGUAUAGAUUUGAUUCAAAUUGUGAUUUAACCUAGUACAAUCCUGCAGUAGUAUUUGGAAUUGGCUGACAUGUAUAUAUAUUAUUUCCUCAUGGACUAUCAUUUUCCAGGUCAAACAACAACAAACAAGUUAAGAUAGUAUUUCAGUCACUGUGCCUUCAUUACUUUAUUUUAAAUUCAAUAAUUAUUUAUUAAAUAAUGAGAAAAUGUUGGCCACAAUAAUUGUCCUGUCCUCUCAUAUUAUUAAAUGCCUUAUGCAUUGACUUUUUGCCAAAUUCUGAGACAUAACUAUACCGGUAAUACAGUAAAAAAUCAUGCUACAGGUUUAUUACAAAUAUAUAAAGGCAUGUGCAGAGAAAGCUCAUACAUCCUUUCACUGUCUGAAAAGGUUUGUUUUUCUUCCACAGCAUGGAUGGCAAAAUACACAAUGGAGCAUGCUUAACGAUAUAGCUUUUGAAUUUAACUUAAUUUAGUGUAUUUUAUUUUGUAGAAUUUAUUUGUGCAUAAAUAUUUGAUUUGUAAAGCACUUUCAUAUUUAUGUCACAAUAUAAAGAAGUUAAGUAGGAUGGAGUGAUUUGCUUAUCGCAGUAUGUGCCACUUGUGAGGGUGUUUGACAUUACAGAUAUUGAAACAGUUAAUCCUUGUUACUUCUAUACAGGUAUACAGC